CUUCAUGAUAGAGGAUAUCGAUUCUUAGUAUAGCAGUAACUAAAAUGGAUUGAUUGGGAUAAAAGUAGAAGCAAGAAACAACUAUGGAAGGUGCUUCCUCAUGGCUCCAGCAGUACUAUCAUGCUAUGUCUUCUGGCAUGGAAAGGCUGUACACAUCUGGAGCCCACACAGAUACUACCAUCAUUGUGGAGGAGAAGACCUUUCAGUGCCACAGAGUGAUCUUGUGUGCCAUAUCUCCAUACUUCGAUGCCAUGUUCUCAUCCGGAAUGAAAGAAAGUGUCUCUGGGGUCGUCAAAAUUGAGGGCACUGACAGUUCUGUGUUUGAAUCCAUUCUAGACUACAUUUAUAAAGGGUCAGACAGUGUGAAUGAAGAUAAUGCUGAAGCCAUAUUAAAGGCAGCUUGCCUUCUUCAGAUGGAAUGUUUACAGAAAAGGUGUGAGGAAUUUAUCUGCAAAACUCUGACAGUCACAAAUUGUUUUGAAAGGUGGCGAUUAGCUAUUUGGCAUUGCAGCCAGCACCUCAAGCAACAAGCCUGGCGAUUUAUAAUGACAAAUUUUGUGAAAAUAUCACAGCAAGAAAUUUUUCUUUACUUGGAGAAAGAGGAACUAAUAUCUGUAAUAAAAGAUGAUGACCUGAGCUGCCCUAAUGAGGAAUUUGUGGUUGAGAGUGUUCUCAAAUGGUUUCAGCAUGACCUUGAGGUAAGAGGUCAACUUCUUGGAGAUAUUUUUCCAUACUUGAGGCUCCCACUGACGAAGCCUCAGUUCUUGAUUGACAUCUUGAGAAAAUAUUCUUUUGUUAAGGAGCAUACUGAGUGCCACAUGUACAUAGAUCAUGCUAAGAAUUUUCAGCUUCUGCCAGCACAUCGUCAUGACAGCAGCAGUCCCGUCACAUCAUACAGGACCACUUCUUUAUAUGAGGAUGUUCUUGUAGUGAUCUCUGGAGGUGAGUCACCCAGGCCUCCAUACAUCAGAUCUAAAAAUGUCCUCGCCUUUGGAUUUAAUAGUCGUAAGUGGUUUCGUCUUGCACCUUUACCAUAUGAUCCUGGCAUUGAAUUUGCAACUUGUGUUCACAGUAAUGACAUAUUUGUCACAGGCGGUGGGUUGUACAAACAUUGCUUCUUGCGGUAUCGUUCAAAGAAGGACAAAUGGUCACAAUGCCGCUCAAAAUUGAAGAACGGUAGACGGCGGCAUGCUAUGGCAGCUUGUGGCAACAAAAUCUAUGUUAUUGGUGGUUACAACAGUGAGUUGGAACAAGGAUCUAAAGUCCUUAGCUCCAUAGAAGAAUUUGAACUUGGCUGCAGUGAGUGGACAGAGGUGGCCAACCUGGUAGUGCCAGUUAGCUCCAUAUCAGCAACAUCUACCAAGGACAAGGUUUUAAUAUUUGGUGGUGAGACUAAUGAUCGCACAGAUACAGCUUCCAUCCAGUGCUUCGACACUCAGACCCAUACAACCAGUGUUAUAGCUCAACUACCUAUAGCUUGUAAAUUGACAAGGGCCACUGUAUGCAACAGCUGUAGUUACGUCAUUCUCUACAACGGUAAAAUAGUUCAGUUUGAUCAUCGUACAGAUUUAGUGAAGGUCAUGGGCCACAUACAGAACUUCGAUUGUGUUCAUUACGGCCUAGUCCAUAGACGAGGUUGCUUGCUGCUCCUGGGUGGUCAAAGAAUUAUACCAGGUCCUAACCCGGUUAGAGCCCUUGUGGACACCAUGCUUCUUUAUGAUGUGAGAAAUCAGAGGGUCAUAAUGUUGAAUGAUAAAAUUCCUACACCCAGAUUAGUUGACAGUUGCGCCAAGGUAACCAUUGAGAAAAAGUUUUUAGUCACAGAGUUUGUUGAGACAACACAAAACUGUUGAGUUCAAGUAUUAUGUGUGAAUUCUAUUAUUAGCGUAUAUCUUAAAUUAUUUAUUUUAGUCAUUUUCAGAGGGUAAACUCCACUUAUUCUAAUCCAGUAAUAUUUAUAUGAACUAAUCUCUUUUGUUUAACAAAUAAAACCUACUUUAAAGAUUGGUCAUUUAAAUGAGAUUAAUUCAUUAAUUUUGUAGCAAUGUUGUGUGUGCAAUAUAUAUAUUUAUGGGUUCAUUGAAAUCCUAAACAGUUAAUGCAUUUGUAUUAAAGUUGCUUAGGAAUAAUGUGAUUCUAUUUAUUAUUAUAAUGAACUUAAAUAUCAUAAUGUAUUUCUAAUUAUUGCUAUAAAAAAAUAACUACUAGAUUAUAAAACUUUUUAUAGCGCUGUUGUGUUUUAAUUACUGUAUUUUCGCACAUAUACUGCAUAGGUGUAUAGCCCACCCACGCUUAUAUCCCGCACAAAUUACAUAUAAUAAUUAAAAUAAAAAACUUAUAACAUGCACCCAUAUAAAACCCCCAACCCCCUUGACUACCUGUAAACUACCGGUACAUAAAGUUGUUGCUCAUCAGAUGUCUGACCCUCGAGAUGCAAUUGUGUUCCAGUUGUUGCCCCAACAAUCAAUACAAAGAGUGCAACAUGGGUGGGAAAUAUUAGCAGACAGUCAUAUCUGUAGUGUAAGUAUCGACAGAAAGUCCUUGACCCGUGAACCCCAAUACUGAAGAUCAUGAUGAAGAGUUGAUUUAGGACCCAAUUGCUGCUGCCAGCAAUGAGCAUGCUUCGCUUAUAGCUCAUACAAGUUUUGAUGGCUUCACUAACUAUAGCAAGGACAGUGGCAUUAGUAAGACUGGCGAUUGAUUUUGAAUGUAGUAUUGCAUGCAUCAUAGUCUAUACCAGUGGUUUCCAAACUUUUUUGUCUCGUAGACCCCUUGCCAUGUUUUCUGCUUUUCGGUAGACCCCCUGCUAAAUUUAUAUUGCAUUUUAGCACAUUCAUAAACUAACUUUUUAAACUAAUUUCUAACUGCAGUGAGUCAAAGAGUGAAAAAGUAAUGUAAAGCUACAUCAUAAGAUAGAGAGAUCUAUCUUUUUUUUACAGAUAGAAUUCAAAUUUAAACCUAUUAAAAUAACAAUUAAUAUGUUUUGCUGGAAUCACCACGCACAUUGGAAAUGUUGUGUUUUUUUUUUUUUGUAUGUUCAUCAUCUGUUUUUACGGAUAUUAUUUCAUACAGGAAUUCGUUGUUCUAUGAAGUAGUCCUUCAAACAUUAAAUAUUAAUUUACUAAUUUGCCUUAUGUAUUAUUGUAAAAGUUUUCGCAAAGAGUUUCUCAUGUAUUUGUUGAUCUUUCACGUUUGGCUCAAAUAUUGGGCUUGCGGAGCUGUUUUCACUAACAGGAGAAGGGGUAAAUGUGAGUAACUGGAGCCUAAACCAGUAAGCUUCGAGCAGGAGGGACUCAUUAGCCAUGGCUUGCAGCCCACCUAGCCGAGGGAAAAUAGAAUACAAAUCUCUGCUGCUUUGCAGCUAUAUGCCCAAACAUGGGAAAGGUUUCGUGGAUCAGCCCUGGGGAAAAGAUAUGAAGCUGAAGACCAUUAGGUAGUAUGCAGCUUUAAUGCUCAUCCCACAUUCCCACCAAUGUGCCCUUGAACUGUAGUGUUACUAAAAGAAAUUCGUUUCAUAAUAUCCAAUGAAGGUUUGUGUAAAACAGUUUUUAAAACUACUUCAAAGGCUGGUAAAAUCAAUGUUUUAUCUAUAGUUUGUUUCCGUAUUUGGCUAUAGGUAAUUGGUUUCAUAUGAUCAUAAAAAGGCUCUUAUUAUAGACAAUCGCUUAUUUAACAAGGAAAUAAAUAAUCAACGCUUUAAAAUCAAGAUUUCUUUUUGUUAAACAUUAGUUACAUGUAGACAAAAUUAACUAUUUAGAUUAGUAUUGAAAUUAAAUCAUACUAUUUUACUUUUGAUUGAGUAGAUUAAUAUUUAUAACUAUGGUAUAAAUCAUUUAUAAGUGUUUGAAAAAAUGAAAAUUUAAGUCAUAGACCCCCAUGGACAUCUCAUAGACCCCCAAUUUACUAUUUCACUUUCGUAGACCCCUCGUAAGUCUUCGUAGACCCCUAGGGGUCUAUAUAGACCACUUUGGGAAUCACUGGUCUAUACAUUUCAACAUUUCUGGUAUCAGCAAAUUAGCUAAGUUGCUUACCUACUUGUCACUUACGAUCGAUUACUGGUUUUAAAGAUUCUCUGCUCUAUUGGUACUAUUGGUUACUUGAGGUCUAUAAUGAGAUGUUCAUAAAGCUUCCCAAUGUACAUCUCACCCACACAGCGAACUAUAGGCGGUGUAAAGACCCACCGGUAUUUCAAUAGUUUCUGUUUACAUGCUAUGUUUAUGGGUGAAAUAAAUUUUGUUAACCACGCACCUUUGUAUACGUUGCACAGCUGCCAUUUGUUUGUAAAAAUGUAUAACCUGCAGGUUAUGUGCGAAAAUACAGUAUUGCCUUAUUUGUCUAUUCUGCUUAAAAAUAAUUUUGAAGUUGAUUGCUUCAGUUAUCUUGGGAAAACGUUUUCUUGAUUAGCUGAUAUAGAAUCUAGUCUAGAUAAGAAACUAAAACAUUUUUAACUUUUAAAGAUUAUGGUGGUAAAGAAUAGUUAAUACAUUAUUUACACAUAUAUGUAUUUUUAUAAAUGUAUGCUUAUUCAAAAUCUGUGGAAGUGGCCUAGGACUGAUCUAUGGAGAGAGCUUGCUGCUUAAUGUGCAGAUUGUCAUUGGGAGGACCAAAGUCUUAAGUCAGAAGUAGAUCAAGACUAUUAAUACAUAAACUGUGUUGUUAAGUCAUCAAUCUGUUUUAAAUGUCUUUCAAACUGUCUUAUUAUAUUUAACUUAAAUAUGUGUCAUUAGAUGACAUUCUUAAAAAGACAUAUAUGAAUCUGUGUUUAAAUAAGGUGCAUGCUUUAACUAAAUUCAUAAAAACAAAUUAUAACAUUAAUAACCUUAGGCAUAAGAUGUACAAGUAAUUUUCUUUUGAAUGCUUCAAAAUUGUUCUACUUAUAUCUGAAGGUUUCACAUUUGUGCCCUGGUGUAGAAAGCUAACCAUAGAAAUUAUAUUAUGUGUUUUGAGUGGGUUUUUUUUGUAUAAAAGUAUUGAAAGUCUUUUUUAAAAAACUGUACCUAUUUAUCUAUGCUUUUUUUUAAUGUUAAAACAAAAAAGAUUUAAUUACAGUUAUCAUUCUCAAACCUUUUUUUUUUCUUCAACUGGAAAUAGAAGCUAUGGAGAUAAAGAUAUUUGUACAUAGUUGUACUUUCCCCCCAACACCCUCAUUGACCAAAGAAGUAGCUGAACUUAUUGUGAUCUGCCCCAUAGAAACACUAACAAAUUGUUUGAGUGAUAACCUUAAUCUGUUUACGUUUUAGUAGGUCUGAGCAGUAUGUUUAUAUAUAUAUUUUUAAAAUUUUUUUUUUAUUGUUAAGAGCUUGUCUGAUUUUUCUUAUUUAUGUGUAUAUUUAUUAAUAAUUAUUGGAUAUUCUAUAGUCAUCUUAUUUCUAUGUCAUAACACAAUUGUUGGUACAUGUUUUUCAAUUUUAACAUUCUGGUGAUAAAUAUCUAUAACCUGCUACCCUUAUUUUCUGUUUUAGUUUAGUUACAAGUUUGGUUAUCUUCUACAUCUCAUUUUAACUGAAUGAACUAAUCAGCUAAUCUUAGAAAAAAAUUAUUCUAAGGAAAUGAAUGUAGCAUAAUUUAAAAUUAUAAGUUAAAUCUGUGAAACUUAUCAGUCUUAUUGUUGACUUGCAACAAUCUAGUCAAAUGUUCAAUAAUCUAGCAAAUGACUGCAUGCUGCUUUUUUCAUGCUGCCUUAAAAGAUGUUCAAAAGUUAUUUUAAAUAGGAUUUUAAGCAAUAAUUACUGAUUAGAAAAGUGAACAAUUCUAAGCCAUAAUCCUGAGCCAAAGCAGUUCAGAACCAGUUCAAGGCAAAUCAUCAAUGAUCUUAUUCAAAACUUUAAGAUAAACUCUGCAUUAUUCUUUUCUUUGAUAUUAAUAAAAGAGAAGGUUAGAUUUGAUACCAUAUCACAAUUUGUUUUUUUUUUUUUUUUCAAUAGAGACUGUUACUGAAUAAAAUAUCACUGCCUUCUUUAUUAUGCUGCAUACUACUCAUAAAGGCUGCACAUUUUUGUUUCUAAAGACACACACACAAAUUAUGAUAACUCAGCUUUUGCGAAAACAAAAAAUCUCCUUUAAAAUUUACUUGCUCUCUAAAGGCAUUCUAAGUUUAUAGAUCUAUGAUUAUGAAUUUAUAGCUUUGAAUAUUCACUUUCAUAUAGUUUCCACCAACCAAUGGUAUAUUCUUCAAGUUUUGAAGGUAUCUCUAUAUUAUAUAUAUAUGUAUGUCAAUGUCCAUUUUAUUUUUAGUUUGUUUAAAAAAAAAAAAGGUAAUUGUGACUCAUUGGCAUGUUUGAAAGAAGGAAUGAUACAUAACUCAUAGAUGUAAAGUGAAUAUGAAGCCAUAAAAUAAAAGAUGGCACUUUCAGAAUAAUUGUACUUUCUACACAAUAUUGUUCAACUUUUGUUAAUAACUUGUAUAAUUAACUUUUAUUAUACAUUAAUUUUUUUUAAUACAUAUAUGUAGAUUAGAUGGUUAAUGGCUUGUUAAACUAUUGGCAUUUCAUGGGUUUUGUUUUUACAUAUUUUUGUUAUGAGCCAGUAUAACAAAAGCUCAUCUUUAUUUUCACAUUUAAAAAAACUACUUAAUUUGUAGUGACUGUUGACAGUCUACUAUAUUUUAAAAUGACAUUGUAGAAAAUGCAUUGAGCUGUUAAAUUAAUUGUUCUUUGAAACAUGUGUUAAUUUGAAGUUAUAUUCUUGGAUAUAUAUGUACUACAUUUCCUAACCCAACAGUGUCACUCAGCAUUGGACAUGCAUUAAGAACUAAAAGCACAUUUUGAUUGGCUCCAUGCUUUUAGUUUUCAAUACCACAAAAAGAAAAGUUUCCUUUUCAGGCCUUGUGGUAGAUAUUGUAAAGGUCAUAUUUUUUUGUGGCCUAUGGUUAACGAGGUUGUCAUGCGGCCAGCACAACGACCACCAAUCGCCUUAACUUUUCCCCAACUAAUGUCAGGUACCCAUUAGAGUUGGGUGGACUCAGAGGCUCCCAAAAAUCCUGAAAUUAAAGGUCAGUCUUUACAACAAUUUGAACCCGGUACUGCUCAGCCACCGCACCUCCAUUUUCAAUACCAUAGCUCUAAGAUUAUUGAAAGUUGUUUAGGGCACUAAAAUUUUUUAUUUUCGGAUUCUUCUUUUAUCCUCUGUCUACUAAAUAGCUUAUAAAGAUACCAAUGUGAUAUUUUUUGAGAUGCUAGGUUAAUGUGAUAGAUCUGUUGGUGUAUGUACAUUGAAUAAUGUACUUUAAGCAAUUUUUUUUUUUUAUUGCAUUACAAUAUUUGAUGUUAGAAUAUCAGAAUAUUAGUCUGAUUUUUUUUUUUCUUACUUUUGACUUUCUGAUUUAGUACUGAAGUAGAUUUUUUUGUUGUCACUUCGGUAGAUAUCAUUACUAGAUAAUUUUUUUGUGUAAUUUUAACGAUCUAAAUAAAUAUGUAAUUUGACUUGGUGUUAACAGCUAUUCAAUCAAUAUUAUCAAUGUGUCUAUUUUUAUAAAGAUUCAAUAAAAUAUGUCAAUUCCCCAGUUUCCUUCUUAAGGAUAAUACCUUAUGGCACAUACUAUCAGUAUUAUGUCACAUAUGACAGAAUAUUUAAACUGCUACAACCAAAGCAUCUAUAGCAAGCUAUACGAAAUAGGACAUGUUUAGAGAUCUUGAAUUUUGUUUGAAUGCUCUGCUGUGAUUUCAUGCCAUUUCCUACCAUCCAAAGUGUUGACUGGUCUUCUUUCUCUCAGCUUUGCUUGUUGGACUAUUGUUGAUGUUAUACACACAAUCAUUUUAUGUAGAACAUUAUCUGGCUCUUGAAGCAAUGCAAAUAAAUGCUAUUUUAGGAGCAACA